AUGAGUGAGUGACAGACUGAUAACAUUUUUGUUGGUCAAUGAUAACAGACACACCAAAAAUUUAUGAGUCUGCUGUCUUCAAUUUCAGACCAACUACAAGGUACGCAUAGAGCCUGUGUAAUAUUAUUGCGAAAUGAAAAGCGUCAAAAAAUGGGAAAAGGCUGGUGGAUUUGAAUAAAAGCGAGGAGGCAAAAUUGGAGCGAAAGUGACGGCCGGUGUGAAUCACUGGGAAAGGGGGUAACAUUGCAAAUAAACACUGACGACGCGGAUCAGAAAAGAGACACAGACGGAAAACAGAAGAGAACAGAAACUGUUUAUCGGUUUGUUUCGCUGUUUCGCUAAUCUAACCGACAAGUUGCAGUAAUUCGUGAGGAACGUUUUUUUCGAAGGAACACUUUUCUGCCUUGUGCUGGUCAUUUCGACGGAUGCACCUGAGGCACGUCGAGUUAAACUUUACCUCGCAAAAAAUUGUUAACGGUGAAUCUUUCUGACCGUCUUGCCAGUCUCUUAAAAAAUUUCAGUUCAAAAUACCUGAAAUUCACUUUCAAAUACCUUGUUUUGAAUACGCUACCCCUUAUCAUUUCCAGACCAAUUUCUUCCUCUUCCCCAUUUCGCAACCAUGUUCCGCAAAUCGACCAGCCAACACAAACAAAGAGAUUUUGGGCGUCUCGGUGAGAGGAAUCGGAGAAAAUCCGUGGCACAACGCGUCAAAUAGUAGUAAGUUCUUACGUUCUCCCCCUCAAAAAGUUCAAGUUUACUCUCUCUCUCUCUCUCUCCCUUUUUUCUAAUUCUUCUCCACUUUGCAGAGCUCCGAAGAGAUGGAAGAAUCCUCGCAACACCGAUGCUCGAGUCAAGAGGAAAAGUGCGGCGCCGAAGUUUUUUGCUGCUGCGCGGGAGGAGGACAAAAGUUUGUUCUCCCUCUCCCACACACACACACACACACACACACACACGUACUUCUUAAUACCUUUCUUAAUACCUUGCCUUGUUUUUUGAAAUCUUUUAUCUUUUUUUGAAAUUUCACUACGCAAUAAAUUUGCUUUUAUCACUUACUGCUUUCAUGACUUAAUCUAUGUUCCCAUGGUGAAUAGACCACAAGUUAUCGAAAAUAAUUCUGGCCUAGCUUUUCCUCCUCCACAUGCCACUUGUAGAUCCAUGCCAACUACAGAACAUGGCCUAGCUUUUCCUCUUCCGUAGGGAAUGUCUGCAGAGGCCUCCACUUGGCGCGGCAUCAACGUUUUUGAAGUAAGCGAACUUUAUUGACAUGGAGCCUCAACUGACCAGCUAUCUGCCCCCUGCAACCCCAACAAAUUAGUAUCUUUUUCCGGUGACAUAUAGUAGUUUGCGUACUGGUUCAUCAGUGCGCCGGGCGGUCUCUCCCAUCACUUAUCACCAGCCAAUCUGAUGUAUUAUAACUGUCCCCCCCCCUUCAAGGAUAAUCGCUCCAAUUAAGGUCGGUCGGAAGAAGAAGAAGAAGAGAAAGAAUGCGUCGGAUUGCGGGGAGCGAAACCGCUACUGUACUACUACUUCUCUCUACAUUCCUCACUCCUGA